CGGCGGUUCCGCUUCCCCCUCCGGCUCCUGCUGCCGCCUCCUCGGUGGGUCUUGCCGCCGCCAUCGCAGAGGCCGCGCCCGCUCAGCCCCCUCCGUCCCUCGAGGCGGCCCGAAUUGAAAGGACCUGAGAAAAUUUUCCCUUAGAUGACAAGCUCUUGGAAAGUUGACCGCUUCUAAAGUGCUUUCACUAGCUAUUGAGAACCAUGUCUGGCCACGGAAUAGUGGAAGACAAGCCACCAGCUCCUCCCGUCCGGAUGAGCAGUACUAUCUUCAGCUCAGGGGGCAAAGACCCGUUGUCUGCCAACCACAGCUUGAAACCCCUGCCCUCUGUACCAGAAGAGAGAAAACCUAGGAAUAAAAUCAUCUCCAUAUUCUCUAACACUGAAAAAGGAAGCAGGAAGAAGGAAAAAGAAAGGCCAGAAAUCUCCCCGCCGUCAGAUUUUGAGCACACCAUCCACGUUGGCUUCGAUGCUGUCACUGGAGAGUUCACUGGAAUGCCAGAGCAAUGGGCUCGGUUGCUGCAGACCUCAAAUAUCACGAAGCUAGAACAGAAGAAGAACCCCCAGGCGGUACUAGAUGUGCUGAAAUUCUACGAUUCCAAAGACACAGCAAAACAGAAGUAUCUGAGUUUUUCUGCUCCAGAAAAAGAUGGUUUCGCUUCAGGAACACCAACGACCAAUGCCAAAGGUUCAGAGCCAUCAACAGCUGUGGUAGAUGAUGAUGAGGAUGAUGAAGAAGCUCCUCCUCCUGUUAUUGCUCCGCGACCAGAUCACACAAAAUCGAUUUAUACACGGUCUGUAAUUGACCCCAUCCCUGCAUCGGCCGGUGACUCUUCUGUUGACAAUGCGAUGAAACCAGGUGAUAAGCAGAAAAAGAAGACCAAAAUGUCGGAUGAGGAGAUCAUGGAAAAACUACGCACUAUUGUGAGCAUAGGAGAUCCCAAGAAAAAAUACACCAGAUAUGACAAAAUUGGGCAGGGGGCUUCAGGUACAGUUUUCACAGCUAUUGAUGUGGCAACAGGGCAGGAGGUUGCUAUUAAACAGAUAAACCUGCAGAAACAGCCCAAGAAGGAGUUGAUUAUUAAUGAGAUCUUGGUAAUGAAGGAGCUAAAGAACCCCAACAUAGUCAACUUCCUGGACAGUUACCUCGUAGGAGAUGAAUUGUUUGUGGUGAUGGAGUAUCUAGCUGGAGGCUCGCUCACAGAUGUGGUCACAGAAACGUGUAUGGAUGAAGCACAGAUUGCUGCUGUUUGCAGAGAGUGCUUGCAAGCGCUUGAGUUCCUACAUGCCAACCAGGUCAUCCACAGAGACAUCAAGAGCGACAACGUGCUGUUAGGAAUGGAUGGAUCAGUUAAACUAACCGACUUUGGUUUCUGUGCUCAGAUCACCCCAGAGCAGAGCAAGCGCAGCACCAUGGUUGGGACUCCGUACUGGAUGGCUCCCGAGGUGGUCACGCGGAAAGCGUACGGCCCUAAAGUGGAUAUCUGGUCUCUGGGCAUCAUGGCUAUCGAGAUGGUGGAAGGAGAACCCCCGUACCUCAAUGAAAACCCGCUGAGGGCUUUAUAUUUGAUAGCAACUAAUGGCACGCCAGAGCUGCAGAACCCCGAGAAACUGUCCCCAAUAUUCCGGGAAUUCUUGAACCACUCUUUGGAGAUGGAUGUAGAGAAAAGAGGAUCAGCCAAAGAAUUGCUACAGCAUCCCUUCCUGAAACUGGCCAAACCUCUGUCUAGCUUGACGCCACUGAUCUUGGCAGCCAAAGAAGCAAUGAAGAGUAACCGCUAACAUUACUGCCACAGCCUUCAUCUUUUUUUUCAAAUAAUGCAUCGCCCUCUAUGGAAUUGUCAGAGUUUAAGUAUUAGAGCUAUUUUUUUCCAAUUUUGUACGUGCUCCAUUUGUACUAAUGAAAUCAGAAGAACAAAUAAUCAGAUCUGAGGACACUGAAGAUACAGGAAUUUUUAAAUAUGAUUCAAGCAGAAGAUUAUGAACACCUGGAAAUGCCAAAGUGCUGUUCUGAGAAGAUGAAAGCCGGGGGAGCAGAACAGUGCCAUCGGACGUCCAUGGGGCUUAUUUGACUGGUUAGUCCAAGGCUGAGGAGAUGCCACGUGUCACACCAAUCCUUCCUCGCUAAGGACGUUGUGCCAGCAAGAACGGCUGAUGUCUAACAGUCAACGCAAGAAAAAGUGCCUCCCUCUGACGGACAGUGAGCAACUUGAGCAGUCGAGUUCUUGGGGUGUCACCAGGGGCAAGUGUAGAAGAACCUGUGCCCCAGGUUCUUCUAGUGCUACAGUCUGUUUGCUUCAGCUUCCCCAACAGUUUAACGAAGAGCCAGCUGUAGUUACAAUGUGCCAAACAUUCUGUGAAAGAAUAACCAUUACUUUAGUGUGAUUUUAUUGCAUUACCAGCGGGGCAGGACCUGGGACAGAUAGGGUUAUGGCUGGGUAUGGACAGAGGACCCUGGAUAAAACUUUUGCACACUUUUUACAAACGUUGCUGGCAGAAGAUAGAAGUCAUUUUCAGCUAAUUUUGGUAUUUGUAUAGCAAUAGAGAUGAUUAUGUUUUGGGGACUGGUAGCCAAGGUAUGACAAAACCAACUUCCAGCUGUGAGGGGCCGGCCAGGACAGCGGGGGCUGUUUGUGUUGGUGAUGGAGAGACGUGGGACAAGGGUCUCGCAGCAUCUGCUGCGACUUGUUGGCUUGUAGGAGCUGGCGUGGUACCAGCAGGACUCCUGGUUGUGCAGGGCACUGCGGUGGCGUGGGGCAGCUUGUGUUCUGCUCUUGCGUGGUAGGAAAUAUUUACAUCGGUUAAAUGACGUUAACUGCUCCAUCAGAGGAGUAAAUCCUUCUGGCUCCAAGUGUAGCAAUAGUUAUGGUUUGAAAUUGGAGGAAGUGUCUCAUUCCAGGCAAGUAAAUCUAGAUGCAUUUCCCAGGCAAGAUGUAUUUACAAGCCAUGGACACCGCAGUGACGGCCAUGCCCCGGUUUGAGUGCUCCCUCAUCAAAUGGAGUAGCGAGGAGGCUUGGCUGAGAAAAACCAACCUGUCGUACCAAUGAUUCCCUCUUUGUCCGUUGCUGGCAAUGGACUUUGUGAAACUCCUUGUGCCAGAGUUGAACUGGGAGCUUUUCUUUCUUCUAUCUUUUCUUUUUUUUUUUUUUUUUUUUUGGUGGCACAAUCUAGACAGUAAGAUAACUUGCCAUAAUUUUAGGGGUUUUUAAAAUAGAAAACCAAGAAAUCCUGAGUAAUUGUAACUUAUUGGUUCACUUUUAUUGAUGAAUAAGAAUGGUUUCAAACAUACGUUACAAAAUUUGUUCAAUUUAGGCUACUUAGGAGAUGAUUUCCAAACUUUCAGCCAUCGUAGCACACUAAACUUGGCCCAACCCAGAAGUUGCUGAACCUGUAUCUCAGCACUUGCUGUGUGACCUGGAAUGGUGGUUAGCUCUGACGUUGAGAAGUGUCCACACCUCCCCUUCCCCAGGUGGCAGAUGUGUUGUUGGGGGGGGGGCAGAUUUUUCAACCCCCUGCUGCCAGAAACAGGGGGCCAGAGAUGGAGCUGGCGGAGGAGGAGAGCCAGGGGAAGGUUGCUGGACUGUGCUUUUGUAUCUUUGUGGGUCAGGCAUCGCUUUCCUAAUGAUGUCGGCGAAAUUAAAAAAUGCCAGCUGUGGGGUUUUUUUCCCCUUAAGGGAGCAGAUGAGCAUCCUUAAGAGUUGCUGGGGGGGCUGUUCGAUCUGCUCUGUCGCUGGGGCAGCCAGGGACCAGCUGGAGUCCGAGUAGGUGAUGCUAAGGGAAGGAUUGCAUCUGAAAGGGCUGGGAUUUGCUCUCUCUUGGGUGCCAGCACAGGGUCCUGGGACAGAUUCCCAUCAAAUAUGCACGUGAUACGUCUGGAGUGUGAUGUACAGUGGUGUGGUUAGUUGGGCAGAUGGAGCUGGGCAGCAAGAGUGUAGGGCAUGUGUGACUCCUUGGAUUUUCUUGUUAUUGUAGAAUAAACCAAAGUUUUCAUCGAGAGCAACCACGAUGCUGGGAAUGUGCACUUUGACCUGCCUUAGGUGUUAACGAGACUAAUUGUAGGCUUCCCCCUGGCUCUCCUGGUGCAAGGAGGCACAAAAGGAGAGGCCAGAGCAGAUGGGAGAGGCUGGGUCCCGCUGGGUCAGAGGGGAUGGUGGGUGGCCGGGGGGGGAGCCAGGAGGUUGGUCAGGGUCUCUCCAGCUAGAGUUGAAUAAAUAAACAUCUCUGGUUCAUUUUUCCCUCUGUUCCUCACACUGUCAAUGGAAAUGGAAGUAGGUGCAAGCUUUCUUUUUAUUUUUUUAACUGUCUUCAGAUUUUAAUGUUGCCUUUUGUGUAAUUUAAUCCCAUUAUGUUAUUUAAUUGUUACUGCAAUAUUAACUACUGUAUUUGUUGACUUUGUUUAAUAACUGUUCUUUCAGGGCUAGAAAUAAACUUUUAAAAAACAUUUUGGUUUUUUCCCCUUUCCCCAUCAUGAGUUUAUACCUUCUAAGAUGAGAGUAGCUCAACAGAAUCCAUGUUUAGAUGUCUUAAUGAGAUUACCAGAAUGUUUGUAAUUAAGCUUCUCACGAACGCUUUGAUUAUGAUGGAUGUAAUUUUAUCCCAUGUUAGCCCAUCCUGGUUUUUGAGUACUCCUCAGUGUCUGUACCAGCCUGGUGAUAACUGCAAGCUUUCCUCGCCACCACGCGCCUUCAGAACGCUCCGGAUGGCCGACGGGAGGAGAGCGGCUCCGAAACACCCUGUUCACCCGCCGGGGAAGAGAGAUUCCCGGCUUUUCUUGCGAAGGGAGCAAAGCAAACACCAGCCUCGUUCAUCUCCCCUUCCACCGCUCGUCUGCUGUGAGGUAGCCUUUGGUAGCGACUGGGGUGGGACUGAUGGGCCAGUAAACUGUGACCGUGGCAAUGUCAUGAUGUUCCAGUAACUAUUCCCAACAAGACUGCUUUAUUUUGCACCGUGAAUAUCAUCUGGUAUCCCGCAUAUAAACAUUUAGGGCACGGGAGAGGAGGGGAUGAUCUGUCCUGGUGCGUGCUUGGAAGAGGCUGCUGCGGGUCCUGCCCCGUCCCCACUGAUCAGCCUUUGGCCAGUGGAGCCACACGGGGAGAGGACUCGGGGUGAGAUCCAUGGUGCCUGGUGGAGGCUGCCAAGACUUGCUCCCUCUUCAUCAUCCGAACUACAGAAAUGUCGUGGCGUGUUGGCAUGGCAGCCUGGCUAAAGAAAAGGACAUUAAAAAAAAACUUACUUUGGGGUCAAGACCAGCUCAGCUGAAAUCCAGAUGAAGCAUCUGGCUCGGUUGUGAAUGUCGAGGACUCACCAUGUGGUGUGUUUCCCAUCUGUUAUUGGGAAAUCAUCUCUUCCCCUUCCUUGCGUGUUGUACAAGCUUUGCUCAGACCACUGACAAAGGGAAAUGAAGAAGCCACUCAUCUUCAGAAGCCUUUUCAACCAGACAUGAGAAUGUUGUUUUGCACAAAGCACUGUCUCUUCAGGUUAAUUAAUUUGUUGUAGUAUCCUUGUCUUUAUAUAUAAUUGACCCUUUAUGCAUUUAAACUGAUGUUCUCUAACUCUGCA